ACACUGGUGAACAUGUGUCAACAUUGUCAACGCUACCACCUCUCUUUCAUUCUUCUUCAAAUUCAAUUUCUUUACUAAAUCAGAUGAAUAUUCACAAUUACAAUUGCUAAUUUUCGAUGGUAAUUUCUGACACACUUGAUAGUAUAGGCGGAGCCGCCUCCACCACCACCACAACCACCGACGACUCCGAUCUUAACUUUUCUUUGCAUAUGAGGCCCGGCGCCACCGCACUUCGAGCCACCUCCGAUUCAAACGCCACCGAACUGGAUAAUUCUACCAAUGUUGACGGCGGGGCCGUUCAAGGCCCGAUGGAGUCGGCGAAUUUCGCCACGAGAAACGUCGAGAAUCGUGGAGGACACGACAUACCGUUCACUUAUCGCCCCGUUCCGGCUCAUCGCAAAAUCAAGGAGAGUCCUCUAAGCUCUGAUGCAAUUUUCAAGCAGCAGAGGCAUGCAGGCCUAUUCAACCUAUGUAUAGUAGUGCUUGUUGCUGUUAACAGCCGGCUUAUCAUCGAAAAUUUAAUAAAGUAUGGAUGGUUGAUUAAGACUGGUUUUUGGUUUAGUUCAAAAACGUUGAGUGAUUGGCCCCUACUUAUGUGUUGUCUUACUCUCCCAGUUUUCCCAUUUGCUGCAUUUAUAGUUGAGAAGUUGGCACAGCAGAAGUGUAUAUCUGAACCUGUUGUUGUUUUUCUUCAUGUAAUCAUUAGCACAGCUGCAAUUUUGUAUCCAGUUUUCGUGAUCCUAGGGUGUGAUUCCGCUUUUGUCUCUGGUGUCACUUUGAUGCUCUUUGCUUGCAUAGUGUGGUUAAAGCUUGUAUCUUAUGCUCAUACUAACAGUGACAUGAGAUCACUGACCAAGUCAGUUGAUAAGGGGUAUGCCAUGUCUGGUUCUCCAAAUGUGGACAAUACAUAUGAUGUUAGCUUCAAGAGUUUGGCCUACUUCAUGGUUGCCCCCACAUUAUGUUAUCAGCCAAUUUUUCCACGUACGGCAUACAUACGAAGGGGUUGGGUGGUCCGUCAGUUUGUCAAGUUAAUAAUAUUUACAGGAGUUAUGGGAUUCAUAAUUGAACAGUAUAUUAAUCCCAUCAUGCUGAAUUCUCAACACCCUUUGAAAGGGAAUUUUUUAUAUGCCAUUGAGAGAGUUUUGAAGCUUUCAGUUCCAAAUCUAUAUGUGUGGCUCUGCAUGUUCUACUGCUUUUUUCACCUUUGGCUAAAUAUACUUGCUGAAUUGCUUUGCUUUGGUGAUCGUGAAUUUUAUAAAGAUUGGUGGAAUGCAAAAACUGUUGAGGAGUACUGGAGAAAGUGGAAUAUGCCUGUUCAUAAAUGGUUGGUUCGGCAUAUCUAUUUUCCAUGCUUACGACAUGGUAUUCCUAAGAAUGUUGCAAUUCUCAUCGCAUUCUUAGUUUCGGCUGUAUUCCAUGAGCUGUGCAUUGCUGUUCCUUGCCACAUCUUCAAGUUGUGGGCCUUUAUUGGCAUCAUGUUUCAGGUUCCUUUGGUGUUGAUCACUAACUAUUUGCAAAGGAGGUUCAAGAGCUCUAUGGUUGGAAAUAUGAUGUUUUGGUUCAUUUUCUGCAUAUUUGGUCAACCCAUGUGUGUGCUUCUGUAUUACCAUGACUUGAUGAAUCGUGGGGGGACUUCCGACUGAACAAAUGGUGAUAGUGGUGUGUUGUUUCCGCCAUUAUGCAGGCUUAACGUGCGAGACCGCCUACUCCAGUGGACUUUUGGUGACAAAGUCUUGCUUUUGCACAUGAUACAUGAUAGAGCUAAUGACUCGGUCUAUACAUAUAAAUGUGCUAAAUGAAAUCUAUCUAUGCCUCAACUCCUCAUCUUAAAGCUCUCUUUUUCUCUGUGAGCUACAGUUAUAUUAAUAAAAAUUUUCCACUUGGAAGAAGA